AUGGCCCAGUCACGCUCGGCGGAGAUGUCGCUCGUCCAAUUGUACGUGCCCAACGAGAUUCUGCGGGAGGUCGUGUACUCAAUUGGCCAGCUGGGACUCAUGCAGUUCCGUGACCUCAACGCUAAGCUCCUGGACUUCCAGCGUCUGUUUGUCAACGAGUUGCGCCGCCUCGACAAUAUUGAGCGGGUAUACCGUUCGUUCAAGGCUGAUUUAGAGCAGAGGGACGUCGAAGUGGCGCCUUACCCUUACGACAUCGCUCUUUGCCCGCAAACGGAGAUUGAAGAGUACGAGCUGAAUGCUAAGUUAUUGGAAGACCGUGUGUCUCAAUUGCAAGAAGCCCGUAACCGUUUGCUCUCGAACCAGAGGGAAUUAACCCAAAAGAGAUACUCGGUUCAGGGCGUCAGUCGAUUUUUCGAAGCUCAACAGGCACAGUCGUCGGAACAGGCUGACACUAAGUUUAUUUCAGGGGUAAUUGACCGCACUAAGGUGGGGGCAUUGCAACAGAUCUUGUGGCGGGCAUUGCGGGGCAAUGUCUUUAUCGAGUCUGAACAGAUCCCCAUGCCGGUCUACGACCCCGAGCACAAGACCAGUGUCGAACGGGACUUCUUUAUCAUUUUCUCUCAUGGUUCCAUCAUCCACCAGCGAGUUACUAAGAUCUGUGAGUCGUUGGGGGCUAAUCUUUAUGACGUCGAUGCCUCAGUUGAGGGACGUCAGGAACAAGCUAAGGACAUUACUCAAAAACUUCAAGACCUCAACUUGGUUUUGAAGCUGUCGGAAGCUGCCUUGACCCUGGAACUCAUUGCCAUUUCCAAGGAUUUGGGCAAAUGGUGGGAAGUGAUUGCUCGUGAAAAAGCCGUAUACGAAGUGAUGAACCGUUGUGACUACGACGCCCUGCGGCAAACGCUUGUCGCCGAAGGCUGGGUGCCUACCGACGACAUCGAUACCUUGGCGUCGCUUGUGAGACAGACUGACGGGCUGAUGCCGACGAUCGUCAACGUUCUUUCCACCACCACCACCCCUCCCACGUUCCACCGCACCAACAAGUUCACGGCGGCAUUCCAACUGAUCUGUGACGCCUACGGGAUUGCUCUGUACCAGGAAGUGAACCCUGGUCUCCCCACCAUCGUCACGUUCCCUUUCAUGUUUGCCAUUAUGUUUGGUGAUUUGGGUCACGGGAUCCUUUUGUUCAUGGUGGCGGCGUUGUUAGUAUACUUCGAAAAGCCCAUUGGCGCGUCCAAGCGUGACGAAAUCUUCGACAUGGCUUUCACUGGGCGUUACAUCCUUUUGCUCAUGGGCGGUUUCUCCAUCUACACCGGUUUGAUCUACAACGAUAUCUUCUCUAAGCUGAUGACGUUGUUUAAGCUGGGCUGGGAAUGGCCCGAAGAUUUUGAAAUCGGCACUCCCUUAGUGGCUAAGCGCGUGGGCACCUACGUGUUCGGGUUCGACUGGGCUUGGCACGGGGCGGAAAACCAGCUUUUGUUCCUGAACUCAUACAAGAUGAAGUUGCUGAUCUUGAUGGGGUACAUCCACAUGACCUACUCGUACUUCUUCUCGUUAGUCAACGACAUCUACUUUGACUGGGGGAUCGACAUCAUCGGCAACUUUAUCCCCGGUUUGUUGUUUAUGCAGCUGAUCUUCGGGUACUUGUCGUUGUGUAUUGUAUACAAGUGGCUGGUCGACUGGUUCGGCAUCGGUAAACAACCUCCCGGGUUGUUGAACAUGUUGAUCCUGAUGUUCUUGUCGCCCGGUACCGUGGCCGAAGAAUUGUACCCGCACCAAGCCGGUGUCCAAGUGUUCUUGUUGGCGGUGGCCCUCAUCUGUGUGCCGUGGUUGUUGUUGGUGAAGCCCCUCUACGUCAAGAGAAAGAUGCUGAAGCAGCAGUACAACCAGGUGCCCCAGGACGAAUCUGCUGGUGGCGACGCUGAGGGCGAACACGACGACGAACACAACUUUGGCGAUGUUGUCAUCCACCAAGUUAUCCACACCAUCGAGUUCUGUCUUAACUGUGUGUCGCACACCGCUUCCUACCUCCGGUUGUGGGCGUUGUCGUUGGCCCACGCCCAGUUGUCGACGGUGUUGUGGACGAUGACCAUCGGCGGUGCCUUUGGCAUGACGGGCUUUGUCGGGGUGCUCAUGACGGUGGUGUUGUUUGCUAUGUGGUUUGUGUUGACGGUGGCGGUGUUGGUGUGUAUGGAAGGGACGUCGGCUAUGUUGCACUCGUUGAGAUUGCACUGGGUCGAGUCGAUGCUGAAGUACUUCAUUGGCGAAGGGUAUGCCUACGAGCCGUUCAAGUUCAAGGGCUUGUUGGACGAUGUCCUUUGA